AUGGAAGAGGCCCUGGAUCAGCCUCCUGAAACCUUAGGACCAGAGUUGUCAGAUGCCCACAUGACAUGGCUAAACUUUAUCCAGCAGCCAGACUAUGGGGUCUUGAAGAAAUGGUGCUGUAGGCGAGACGAGAAGUCACAAGGCCUCUUGGGUCCCCCAGGACCCAAAUUCCUGCUUUAGGAAUUUCAGGAGAUGCUGAAAGAGGCUACUGAACACGAGUUUCCAGGGCUGCUUCAAGGACUGGGCCCAUAGCUGGUGUCUGAGGCCUUCCACUGCCAGGUGAGGGGCCUGCAGAUGGUGGACAAGAUGACGCUGCUGGAGCUUUGUGGCUUUCAGGCCCCCACUGCCCAGGGUGCCUUCCUACGGGGGUCUAGCCUGAGCUUGUCCUCAGGCCAAUUCACAGUGCCUAUGUCUGGCAUCUUCCAGUUCUCUGCCAGCCUGCACGUGAGUGAUCUUGGGCCCACAGCAUGUGUGGGGUCCCUGGAGGCUAUGUCAGGCCUGGAGAACAACAGCAAGAUCUUCAUGGCCUAGGUGCAGGGGCUGUUGCAGAUGCAGGUGUUUGUGGACAACAGCUCUGGGAUUGUUUUCACCAUCUACAGCAGCUCCAGCUUCUCUGGGGUGCUCCUGGGCAUGCGAGGAGCUGCCAACUCAGAGGAUCCCCCCUUAAUACCUUGGUCACUGCAAUAA